CGCCCCCGCCGCCCAAGAAUCAACAGGCGAGUGUGGUGCUUGCGGUUCAGCAAAUGGACUACACAAAGCUCACGUCCAACAAGUCGUUGGAAGAAACGUUCAAGCAGUCCGUGAUAGAUGGUUUCCUCGAAACGUUUGGGAACCUCAGUGAUGAUGCAACGUUGGAGGUUUUUCUCAGUCAGGGGUCUGUCAUCGUGGAGAUUGUAGUGACGUACUUGACCCAGUCUGAGGCAGAAACGUUCGCGCUCGAGUACGAAGACCAAGCUAAUGAGGCGACCCUCGCAACUCUAUUGGAAGCCAAGAUCAGGAACAUCACCGACAUCGAGGACGUCUUCAUCGCCGACCCCUCGACAGGCCCCGUGUCCUCCUUCUGGAUCGAGGGUUGGCCCACUGUCGUGAUUAACACUCUGACCCAGACGACCACCACCUCGACCGUCACGGGCUGCUUCGUCGUCGCCCCGGAGAACGGUAGCAUGGGAGACUGCCCAGAGCUGCUCGAGGAGAACUCCACCUGCACCCCGCGGUGCGACCGAGGCUACGCCUCCGAGGGCGACGGCCUCUUCGUGUGCUCCGAGGGCGGCAUCCUCACCGGCACGCGGUGCGCACUCGUGGAUACGAGGCCGCUGCAGCAGGUGAGCUCGGACAUCUUAGCCUCCACGUCGAGCAUCGCCUCGGCGUCCCUGGCCAUCAUGGCGGCCGUGGGCGCGGUGGCGGUGGUGUCGGCGAGCAGCGUGAUUGUGAAGGUGCAAGACGCCUCCAGAAAGGGCAUCGCGAACCGCGCGGGCGCAUUAAAGGACCUGAAGGCUGGGCAACUCAAGCCGCCAACAGCGUGGGACAGCAAGCUUGGCGUUUUGAUGAACGUCGAGCGACAGAUGUCGGUCCGUGGAACCUACGUCCAGAAGGGGGCCAGUGGCAAGGAGUGGGUUGUGAAGUCGCCUGUGUGCGACCCUGGCCUCCUGGUGGGGAGGCCACCGAAGAAGCUGACGCUGUGGCAGAGGGGUGGCGACCAGCCCUCGAUACAGGUCUCCCUGACGGGCGAGGGCUGCUGGGGAGAGGACGGCACCACCACCGUCAAGCAGCUCGAGAACAAUAAGAUCGAGGUGCUCGACCACCGCAACGACGUGGUACCGCUCCGGCUGGAGCGGAAGCCAGCCCGAUACCAGAGGGUCAAAAUGGUGCUGCCGUUGCUGAUCCUGAUGGCGCUAGGGGCGGUCGCCCACAUACAAGGCCGUACUGGUGCGGCCAGGACUAUCGUUUUUGUCAUCCUCGGAGUAGCUGUGGCCAUCCUCCUGGCCUUGAUUGGCUUGCCCGUGAAAUGGUCCCUGGACAAGAUUCGGAACCUCGCGCCGCCGUGGUUCUGGGAGCUGGUGUCCGUCUUCUCCGCGGCGAUGCCGUGGAUGCUGUGCUUCUAUGACGCCGUGUACGGCUGCGCCGAGCUGACGAACAUCUGCACGGGCCUGGCCUGCCUGCUGCUGCAGGCGGUCGACCUCGCCGGCUUCAACGCAAUCGCGUGCAUCGGCCGCGUGCUCGCCGGUGCCAGCUUGGGUGCCCUUUCGGCGGUGCCGCUUUUCAGGAGCAACACAGACAGCUGCACUUUCAUCCCGCUCCUCGCGUCGGGCCUGGCCCUGAGCAGGGGUAUCCAGUCCUGGGUGGAGAACGAAACUGCAAUGACGGAGGUCCGCACGGGGCCGAGCAUGAUGUGCUCCUGUAGGCGAACGAAGCAAGGGGCCGCCAGGGCGAUCGCGCUCCGAGUUCCCGCGGGCCUCAGACACUGGUCAUGGAGCGAGGACCUCCUGGCCAGAACGCCGCGCGAGGCAACCGGCUGCCAUCGGGUGGCCGCCCACACUGCGCGUUUCGCGCCAGCCCUGACUGCGGUCUCCUGCAUGCCCGUUGCGCCGACAGCGGGGGCGACCAGCCGUGCCUACGUCGGCGUGCCAGUCGCUCAUUGCCUUCGUGUCACGCCCAGGCUGCGUGCUGGGCUUCUGUCGCGCCUCGCCUGGCGGCUUCGCCGCAGCGGGGCCCGCGCCGUCGUCGGGGGCGGGCCCCUGGCGCGUCCUGCCGGGCAGCCGCCGCCAGCGGCCGCGCCGCCACAGCGCUUGCGCCUCCGAUCGGCGCGGGCCCCGGGCAGGCUCUGCCUGGGAACCGGCUCCAGCGACCGCGCAACAACAGGGCCGGCGUUGCCGUUCAGCACAGCACGUCGACGGCGCGCCGACGACGCGCACGAGCACCGCGAGAUCUACCACGACAGUGAGCGUAGCAACGACGACUGCAGCUGUUGCUACAACCUGCGGGGCUACGUGAUGUGCCUCGACAUGACUGCCGCGGCGCAGAGUUCUAUUUUACCCUACCGCAGCAUGGCAGGAUCGAGGUAG